UUUUGGAAAAUAGCACGUCAGAGUGGAUUUAGGCGCUGUCCUGUUUUCCGAUCUGCGUUUAGGUACACUUAUUUGUCACCAAGUUCUGUUUGGCGCGGUGUCGCAGUUCGGAGCUGUCUCACAGCAUCCCAGAGAACGACAAACCUUGGGUCCUGCUCAUUCCAGAACUCAGCCCUGAAAGGCAUUCUUGUGCUCGUCCUUUGGCUAGCAACGCUGAAAUUCGAAAAUAAAGACUGCUUCCCAACAUUUUCUUGGACAACUUAAAAUAGAAAAAACAAAAGAAUGUAUGUAUUUCCAAAGAUAUCUUUGAGACCUGACGUUGAAAACUAUCUCAGAGAGAGCUUUUUGAACGAGGAGGCUGUGUCUGCUUCAAGCAGACAAGAAGCAGAAAGGAAGUUUGAGACUCUGCUGCUUCGCUUGUCACACCCUCCGUCGUUGACAACUGUCAGAGUGAAUACGCAUUUAAUCUCAGUUCAGCAUGUCAGAGGUCUGCUGCUUGAAGAGCUUCAGAAGCAGUUUGGUGAAUCCAGCGUUCCUGUUCUUCAGCAUCCAGCCCUCCCGGAUGUCUUGCUCAUCCCCAUGACUGGACCAAGAAUUGUUAUGAAAGCUGGAGAUGUUAUUUCUGUAUAUUCUGAUAUUAAGGGCAAAUGUAAGAAAGGAGCCAAAGAAUUUGAUGGAACUAAAGUAUUUCUUGGAAACGGAAUUUCUGAACUGAGCCGCAAAGAUAUCUUCAAUGGGUUACCUGAUCUGAAAGGUAUAGGCAUAAGAAUGACAGAACCCAUAUAUCUCAGUCCCUCAUUUGACAAUGUUCUACCCAGUUAUAUAUUUUUACAGAAUUUGCCAUCUACAGUUGUAGCUCAUGUUCUUGAUCCUCAACCUGGAGAGAAGAUUCUAGAUAUGUGUGCAGCCCCUGGAGGCAAAACUACACAUACUGCAGCUCUGAUGCAGGACCAGGGAGAAGUAAUAGCAUUGGACAAAAUAUUGACGAAAGUGAACAAACUGAAGCAGAAUGCUUCAUUAUUAGGACUUCGUUCUAUCCGGGCAUUUUGUUUCGAUGCAACAAAGGCGCUUAAGCUUGAUACUACUGAUGGCAUAGAAGGGGGACCUCCAUUCUUACCAGAAUCUUUUGACCGAAUUAUCCUUGAUGCACCCUGCAGUGGAAUGGGACAGAGGCCAAAUAUGGCUUGUACUUGGACUUUAAAGGAAGUGACAUCCUAUCCGCCACUACAGCGAAAACUCCUUAAUGUGGCAGUUCAACUCCUGAAGCCAGGAGGAGUGCUGGUCUACAGCACAUGCACAAUAACUCUGGCAGAAAAUGAAGAGCAAGUUGCCUGGGCCCUUAGAACAUUCCCCUGCCUUCAGCUUCAACCCCAGGAACCACAGAUUGGAGGAGAAGGGAUGGUGGGAGCUGGCCUGACAUUGGAGCAAUUGAAACAGCUGCAGCGAUUUGAUCCAUCUGUUGUACCACUGCAGAACAGGGACACUGAUUCUCUUGGAGAAGCCAGAAGGGAAGACGUGAUUUGGCUGGCCAACAAGGACUGUAUAGGCUUCUUUAUUGCAAAGUUUUUAAAAUGUCAAAGCACAAAAGAGAAGGUUUCUCAGAAAUGAAAAUUCUGAAGACUGUCUGUGUAUGGGGCUUUUUCUUACACUGAAGUGUUGUCAAGCCAAUGGAGUGAUGGCAUGGUUGCUCAGGAAACAGGAUGAUGCUAAUGGCUUCCUUGGGAUUGGAAGGAGCAGUAUGCAUAUGUGGCUCUGGGGAAGCAGGGGAUAGGAAAGCAUAAUCAACCUCAUGCUUUAUGAAAGGAAAGGAGGAAUUGCCUGUGGGGGUCUGGAAUAUGCUUUCAGUUUUAAUUUAUAAAUAUUAGUCUUUCAGAUGCCAUAAAUAUUAAGUCUUUCUAUGUGAAAAAUAGUUUAAAAACAAAAGAAUAAAACUCUAAAGCUUUCAAGUGGUUAUGAAAAGCUGUUUUCAGUUUCCAAGAUGGUGGUAGGGUCUUCAGUAAGUUUUCAGGACAUGGACAGUAACACUAACCUCAUGGCUGAAGUAAGUAGGCUCGUGGCUGGAGUCUGCCUCUCUGUCCCUCUCUCCAUACUGAUUCUAAAUAUGGCUUCUUAAUUUGAAGGUUCCUUUAAGUCCUGAGUGUGGGACACAUGGUGAGGUCAGAGGACACCUUUGGGGGUCAGUUUCUCUCCUCUACCUUGAGUUCUGAAGCUUGAACUCAGAUCCUCAGGUUUGUGUUGCAAGCACUUUUUAACCUGCUGAGCCAUUUCACCAGGCUUCAGGUCACUUUUAAAUACAGCUUGGACUUGUGCUAAAUACUUUGAAAGGUGAAGUCUAGAUAUGUACUUUGUAGUUAAAAUGGCCAUUGAGAAGUACUCCACAUUUUGGUUGUAUUUUAUCAUCUUCGGGAACAGAUAUCAUGCAAAAUAAUAGGGAAAUGCUUGGUGAGGAAGAGAAAAGCAGUUACUGAGAGCCAGGACUCCCGUCCCCCGUAGCUGUUCCAGAGGUUAUUAUGUUAUAGUUAUAGAUUUAAAGGAUUACCUUUUUACUAUAAAAUUACAGCCAGAAGAGACACAAAGAUUUACUUUCAGCAUUCCCUUUGUCAAUUUUCAAAGGCCAUUUCAAAGGUAUCAGUGGAAGGUUCUCCCCCAAGGUAUAAAGAAUCCAUUAGGGCUAAGUAUUAAAAGGCUUUUAUUUUAUAUUAUAUGGUUGAUAUUCUUAUAGCAGAAAAAACAAAGGAUUUAACUGAAUUAAUUUUAAAAAAUAUAAUUGAGGUAUUAACCCAGCAUGGACUAAUUAUCGCCCCUGAUAAAAUCAGGAUAACAGGCCAAUAAAUUAUUUGGGAAAAACAAUUCAUAAUGAAUAUAUCAUAUCUCAAAAAUUGCAACUUAGGAUUGAUAAAAACAAUGAUUUUCAAAAAUUAUUGGGAAAUAUUAAUUGGAUUAGACCUUAUUUAAAAAUUACCACAGGACAGUUCCAUCAUUUAUUUGAAAUUCUUAAAGGAGAUCCCAAUCCCAGAACAACUAGAAUUGAUAGAACAAAAGAUGCAAGAUGCAAAGGUAAAACAAAUAAAUUAUUUAAAACCAUCAUCUCUUAUUAUACUUAAAACAUCUUACACCCUACUGCAUGUUUAUGGCAAGAAGGUGUGCUAGAAUGGACUUAUCUCCCUCAUACUCAAGUAAAAAUAGUAUCUACUUAUCCUUUUAUAUGUAGUCAAUUAAUUAUUAAAGGGAGGAUAAGAUCCAGGGAAUUAUUUGGCAAAAAAAUGCACGAAAUUGUUAUUCCCUACAAUAAGGAGCAAUUGGAGUAUUUACUUCAAAUUGUGGAUGAUUGGGGAAUAGCAUUAGCUCAUUAUAUGGGACAAAUUAAAUAUCAUGUACCUCAACACCCUAUAUUAAAGUUUGUAGAAGAAACAGAAAUAAUUUUUCCUUCUAAAAUAACAUUGGAACCUAUUUCUGAUGCCCUCUUGGUAUUUACAGAUGGGUCAUCUAAUGGAACCUCAGCUGUUUAUAUAAAAGAUAGACCUGUAAUUAUUAAAACGGCAAAAGAAACUUCUGCACAGCAGGCGGAAAUUAUUGCAGUUGUUACUGCCCUUGAACACCUACCUGAAGAGUUUAACCUUUAUACAGUUUCAAAAUAUGUAGUUCGUUUAUUUUCUGAUAUAGAGACAGCUCUUAUAUCUGGAAAUUGCACAAUUAUAUCACUCUUGCUUCAGUUGCAAAAUAUAAUUCAAUCAAGAAAAAGAAAAAAAUUUUAUAGGACAUAUCAGAGGACAUACUGGCCUGCCAGGUCCAUUGGCUUCAGGAAAUGCAAUGGCAGAUUUAUUAACGAAGGAUCACUUGAUUGCUAGUGUGUUUGAACAAGCAUUGGAGAGUCAUGCUUUACAUCAUCAGAAUGCACUGACCUUGAGAAGGAUGUUCAAUUUGACACAAGAACAGGCUAGACACAUUGUGAAGGAUUGCAAAAAUUGUCUCGAUGUAUAUCAUUUAUUAAAAAUUGGAGUUAACCCAAGAGGCCUUAAUCCUCAAGUUUUGUGGCAAAUGGAUGUAACUCAUAUCCCGGAAUUUGGAAAUUUGGCCUGUGUACAUGUUAUUGUAGAUACCUAUUCUCAUGUGGUAUGGCUACUGCUAGAACUGGAGAGGCUGUGAAAGAUGUCAUACAAUAUCUUAUUAUAUGCAUCUCCUCCUUAGGUGUGCCAAAAAGAAUUAAAACUGAUAAUGCUCCAGCUUAUAUUUCUCAAGCUUUUGCAAAGUUUUGCCUUCAAUGGGUAUAGAACAUAUAACAGGAAUUCCAUAUAACCCCCAAGGUCAUUCAAUGGGGCAUAUAAGCAUACAGCAGGAAUUCCGUAUAACCCCCAAGGUCAGGCUAUCAUAGAAAGGACUCAUCAAAAUCUUAAGGUACAACUUCAGAGAUUAAAAUCUAGUGGUCAUUACUACUCACCUCAUCAAUGAUUAAGCCAUGCUUUAUUUACCAUUAAUCAUCUUAAUACAGAUUAUUUUAUGCAAAAGGCUUUAUGCGAAAGCAUUGGGUUCCCCUACAGCAGACUGUUCUUCCUUUAGUAAUGUGGAAGGAUCUUUUAACAGGCACCGGGAAAGAGUGUUAAUCGCCUUGGGAAGAGGAUAUGCAUGUGUUUUUCCACAGGAUGCAGAGAUCUCAAUCUGGUUCCCAGACAGACUUAUUCAACCCUUCCACCAGAAAACAUCUAUUGAGAACCCAGAAGAAAAAGAGGGCAAAAGAAGUAAUGAAGAAAAUGAAGAAGCUUGGUCUCUCUUCUUCACAGGUGUCUUUGGCUCCUCCUGAACUGUCAUCUACCACAGGGAUAGAUCCACCCACUUGAGGACAACUGAAGAAACUUACCCAGAGAGCACAACAAAUAAUCUCUGAUACCGGGAAACCACCAUCAGCAGAAAAUAUGUUUCUUGCUAUGCUUGCUGUGGUUUCUAUGCAGGUAUGCUGUGCCUCUGCAACCUCAUUUUGUGCCUAUGUUCCCCAUCCUUCACUUCUUCAUCCCAUGGGUUGGAGAGAUAAUGUGCUGCAUAUCAGGGUCAUGACUAAUAAUACUGAGCUGCUAGGGGGACACGCUGACUUUUUUCCCCAUUUGACUUCCUCUGAAAUUAAAUAUGAGGGAAUGCCAGACUCUGCCCCAAUCUGUUUUAAUUUAAAGGGAACACACACCCCCACCAUGGGUUGCCUUCCCAUUAGUUAUAGAACUUUUCUUUCUGAUGAUCCAGAUAGAUCCUGUUGCCCCCACUCCCGAAUCAUAAAAGAUUAACAUGGGAGCUUUCAAUAAUGAUUUUGGGGUAUUCUAAUUAUAAUGAAACUUUUAUAAGGCCAAAAGAAAAUAUGCCUCUGAAAGAAUGUCGACAAGAACAUUGGGACAGUGAUAAAUUGUGGGUAUCCUUGCUUUCAGUUGAUAGUCCAAGAUGGCUUAAAUGUGGGUUUAGUUUUUGGGCUUCAGUACAUGAUCCUUGGAAAACUCAAGAAAAAAUUUAUGAUUAUUCCAUAGCCUCUCCAUUUUAUGAUUAUAGGAAACAAUUAGUGAGUUACAGCUCUUUCAUGGAUAUAGGCCUGAUACAUUUACAAAUGAGUCUGUUAAUAGAUGGUUCACUGCAGGAUGGGUGGAACCAAUUUAUGUCAGUCAUUCUCUUUCACAUAAUUUUUCUAAUGUUUUUUCAGGAUUAUUUAGACUUUUUGCUUCAACUAAUAUGGUUCUUUUAAAAAAGCCUAAGGAAUA